AUGGUUCAGGGUAACGUUUUGGAAGAUGAACUGCGCCGGCGAAAUCGGGCAUCUAGUCGGUACGUUUCCAUGGUGCUUCAACUGACUGUGCAAGUCAAUAAAGUGGAAGUCACAAACCCGACUCGACUGGCUAACUGUACAGCCUCAGUGCAGAGAAUUGGUGCUGGUUCCAACUUUCAAUCUUAUUUCCAUCUCGUCCUGCAUCAAGCGGUCACGGAUGCGCGGGUCAACGUGGCAUACUUUGUUCCCAUGCUGACCGGAAACUACGAUCAUCCCAUCUACAACCGAACCGUCAGCUACUGUUCGUAUCUAGUACGACCGACGACUGACCGAGUGCUGCACAUGAUCUACGAUGGAUUGGGUCGCAGUGGCAAUCUACCUAAGCGAUGUCCUAUUGCGCCCAACGCUUACUUCUUCAAUACGAGCUGGGACAAUAUUCGGUUGCCAAGCGCUCUACCAUCCACUAUUUUUCGCCUGAAUCUGGCUUUCUACAGUGGUCCCAAGAUGGAACUUGUCGUCGGUCUUCGCUGGUACGGAGUGAUAAAGAAGACGGACAGCUAG